GAUCCUUCUGUCAGGUCCGCGUUCGCACCGUGUUGGUCCUGCGCUCUGCUCGUUAUUAUAUGCUGCCAUGUUGCUGGCCGUGCAUGGAUGAUACGGCAUACAUUCCCUCCAUGAAGAAGUGAUAUAAAUGCGUGCAAGAGGCAAAUGCUUUUCUGGGUUCGUCAUACGCUGUCCGCGUGUUUCCGUCUAGCUGACCUUGCGUUUUAGGGCUUGAUCGUAGCGCUCCCAUUCACUGUGGACGGGAUCCAUUGGAGCGGUCAGACGCAACAGCCAAGGGACACAAUCCGAAAAAGCCCCGCAGCCCCGCCACCCCAGCCCUCGCCGGCGUAUCGCUUGUGGUUGAGGAUGAUGGCAGCAUUUCUACUGUGACUGGCUCGGCUAUGUAACACUGGAGAGAAGGCCGAAAUGGGCAUGGAUGAGAGGUCAUGCAUGUGCUGCAGCUGAGGCCACUGGCCAGCCUGCCCCCCCCUGCCUGGCCGGGAGCAUGUACAAGAGAAAUGGGCUCACGGCUGGUGUCACCGUCACUUCCCCCACUCCGGAGGGCAGCAGCAGCUCGGAGUCCCUGGACGGGCGGGGCGUGGACUCUGCCAAGAGUUAUGAUGCUGUCGUGUUUGACGUGCUGAAGGUGACACCUGAGGAGUUUGCCGUGAGUAGGGACCCGCCCACAGUGCCAUCCUACAUCCCAUAGUCUGGAAUUCCGCCAGAGUCAGAUUACGCUGAUGGAUGCCCCCGUGUUCAAAGCCAUCCAGCCAGAGGAGCUGGCCAGCUGCGGCUGGAACAAGAAGGAGAAGCACAGCCUGGCGCCCAACGUGGUGGCGUUCACGCGCCGCUUCAACCAGGUCAGCUUCUGGGUGGUGAGGGAGAUCCUGACUGCUCAGACCCUGAGGAUACGAGCCGAGAUCCUGAGUCACUUCGUUAAAAUAGCCAAGAAACUCCUGGAGCUGAACAACCUGCACUCGCUGGUGUCCGUGGUGUCGGCCCUGCAGAGCGCUCCCAUCUUCAGGCUCAGCAAGACCUGGGCGCUAAUCAGUCGAAAGGACAAGGCCACGCUGGACAAGCUGGACUACCUGACCUCCAAGGAGGAGAACUACACGCGCAUGCGGGAGUACAUCCGCUCUCUGAAGAUGGUUCCAUGCAUCCCCUACCUGGGGAUCUACCUCUUUGACAUGAUCUACAUAGACUCUGCCUACCCUGCCUCUGACAGCAUCAUAGAGACAGAGCAGAGGACCAAUCAGAUGAACAACCUCCUGCGGGUCUUCUCCGACCUGCAGAUGUCCUGCAGUUAUGAUCACCUGGGGACGCUGCCUCACGUACAGAAGUACCUGAUGUCCGUCCGCUACAUCGAGGAGCUCCAGAAGUUCGUGGAGGACGACAACUACAAGCUGUCCCUGAAGAUUGAACCUGGGAGCAGCUCUCCUCGCCUGGUGUCCUCAAAGGAAGACCUUGCAGGCCCGUCAGAGGUGGCGGCUUCAGUGAGGUUCAGCCGCCGUCCCACCUGCCCCGACACCUCGGUGGGGGCGCACAUUCCCACCCCACCCCCAUCUCGCCACAGGAAGAGCCACAGCCUGGGCAACAACAUGAUGUGCCAGUUCAGCGUGGUGGAAAGCAAAAGUGCCACCUUCCCCACGGAGAAGCCCAGGCACCUGCUGGAUGACAGCUUCCUGGAGUCCCAGAGCCCUGCCAGGAACCACACACAUCACUCUGUCUUCACCAAUGGCGUGUCUCUAGGUAGCAGUGAGAGUUCCUUCAGCGAGGACCUCUCCUCUGGGGUAGACAGGGGCCGCAUGUAUGCCACGCUGGGCCCCAACUGGAGGGUGCCGGUCCGGAACUCUCCACGGAGCCCCAGCUAUGUCUUCAGCCCGUCUGGUGCCAACUCUACGUACGAGUUCAGCACCAUGAGCAGCAUCACCAUAGAGGGGGCGUUGCGAAGGAAGACUCUGCUGAAAGAGGGCAGGAAGCCCACGCUAUCCUCCUGGACGCGCUACUGGAUCGCCCUGUCCGGCUCCACCCUCAUCUAUUUCGCGGCCAAAGCCCUGCGACCCACCGAGAGGAAACACUACAAGUCAACGCCCUGUAAAAAGACAACCAUCACUGGCUGGAUGCCAGUGCUGCCAGACAACCCAGACCAUCCCAACAUUUUCCAGCUGAACGACCCAGAUAAAGGGAACGUUUACAAGUUCCAGACGGGAUCGAGGUUUUCUGCAAUCAUCUGGCACAAGCACCUGGAAGAGGCCUGCAGGAGCAGCCGGCCACAGAUCCCCACCAACCUCAUGUCAUUUGAGUAGUCCUAUGCCAGAGGAGAUGCCUUGGAGAAAAGUGCCAAAUUCAUCCGUAUGGGAAACGCGACUUGACAAGCACAGCUGGAGCCUCCAUGGGGUGUAAAUCAACACCGGCACAGUUUGGCACAGACUGCCGUCGCAGUUCUGUGAGGUAGUGCACCGGAAAGCUCCAGCGUGGCAUGAACUUUUGGCAUCUGGAUCUGCAACGAGCAGCAGGGACAACUCCGGAGCAGAGAGCUGAGACUGAUGGGCACUGAAGGCAAUCUGCUGCGGAGGAUGGGGCUGGGGUACGGAUACGGAAACCCGAUUCCACAGAAGGCGGAACUGUCCCGGCAACUACGCACAGAGAAUGCUUCUCAUUGUAGAUUUUCUUUUUCUCCGUUUGUCUUUAGUUAGGAUGCUUAUUCACAGCGGAAGCGAGAAGCCAACCCAUGUUGGGUUUAACAGACGGAUGAGUGGAAUGUACAGAGAAAUAUACAAAACAGUGUUAGAAGAGCAGAGUGCUGCUGAGGUACAUGAAGGAUGUAGACUCUCCGGGGACCUGCCAGGGCCACAGGGCCCGCGGCCCCUCUACUCUACUCUCCUCAUAGUGCUGGCAGCCAGCAUGCUUUGGAACCCUAAGAUGAAGUAAAUUUACCACUCUCCAACACGUGCAGCACACGUGUGAUACGCGACAUACCAAGCAGUCCUGCUGGCUGUAGAUGUGUAAAUAAAUAAAAACGACAGUCUCCAAAACCCACAUGCCAUUUUUUUUCAUUCAAUUUGUAUUGUUUUCUGUUUUUUUGUUGAAGCACAUUCAUAUUCAGCAUUGUAUGGUUAAAUUAGACCUAAUAUUGAGUUGCGAUGCCAUUUCACCUAUUCAGACAUGAGAAGUGGUCCUAGGAUUUAAUUUAUUUAAAUGUUUGCUGUAUACUUCCAUGCAGUAUAAAUAUGGCAUUAGAAAGUUAGCAUAAUUCAGUGUUCAGUAUGAAAGGUAUGCUACAUCAUACGCAACCUCUGAGAGGCCUGUCCGCACCUCGAAAAAUGAAUUUGAACGAGGGCAUCACAGGAUCUUUAUUUAUUUAUUAUUUAUAAAUUGAAAUGAGUCACUUGGGUAAUGUGACCCCUUCAAAAGGAUACUUCCCACUAAGCAAUGAAUUCAUCAAUUAAAAACCUGUGUUUACUACUUAGCAUCUAAUAUGACCAGUUGUACUGGUUUUGUGGGGGGAGGGACUAUAACGGUCAAUAUGUUAUUGUUGUUUUUUGUUUGUGUUUUUUUUCCUGAAAACCACAAAAUGCUGUGGGCAUAAUUUCCUGUGUUGACGUCUGUACAGCAUUUGUGACGUUAGAUUAUUCUGUCCAAUGAAGAAGGAAACUGAAUUCCUUCUGUUGUACAUUUUACCUUGGAUUUAAUUUAAAAACAUCUUUAGUAACGCUUGUAAGACAGACGCAUUUUAGCAUAUCAGUGAGUGACAUAAAAUCAUUGUUAAAUUAGUUUUAUGUUCAGUGCCACAGAUGGACAGAAUGUCAUUGAAUUUCUAAAUCCAUAAUCAGCAUGUCAAGAAAACAAUUAAAUCAGUCAUUUUACUAAAUAACAGCUGCCCCCUUCCUUCCAUCAUCGUGAGGCGUAAACAGUAGAUGCAGGCUUUAUGUAUUUUUCUGGACUUGGGUUUGUGUCCGGAAUGCCCUGCCUCACUCUACUACAGCCUUGACAGCAUGACAGAACACAGCCCAUCAUUCAGCUCGAUCGAUCUCAGGGCAGAAUGAGGGCAUAUUACCCGGCCGGUACAGUGCCAUGUCAUGCCACACCGCUAUCAAUCUCUACUUGUUCACAAAAAGAUUUAAAAAAAAAAAAACUACUACAAAUCACGAGUUUACAGUUUACAAAAAACAGUAGCAAUACCCAUAGCAUUAGACGUACAAAUGAACUAAGGUAAAAUUAGUAAAAUUAUUGGAAAAGGCCUUGUGUGUCUUAAAGAUAAAAAUCCUACAACGGUGAGGUGUUUAAAAGUCUAAUGAAUCUGAACAAUGAAGAUGAAUGGGUAUUACCUGGAAGCAGUUAUUUUGUACAUAGAAAUGGACAUUGCAAUGUUUAGCUAUAGAGUGCCAAAACGCAUGGUUUAUCCCGUCUUGUACACAGAAGAAUAUGAACUGGGCUUAAUUAAACUGACUUUUUUAAAAUGUGGUUUUGUUUGCAAAGGAGAGUCUGCUUCAGGAAGACGCUGCAUGUUCGUGUUAAAAGGAAAUGCUUUUCUCUGCUAUCUGUAUUUUUUUCUGCUACCUACUAUCAGUUCUACUGACCAUGUGAAUAUUUUGCUAACUUAUUUGUUACCUUUGACCUUGUGAUAAGUUGCUGUAUUUUUUUCAGCUUGUAACGGUGACAGUUUCUCAGAUUAAAAAAAAAAAAUCUUUCUGUAAAUGA